AUGGAACCUUCUUUUGCUAGAUAUUUAGGCGCCCUUCCCCGCAUUUCAUUUCCAACGUGGGGUUCAGAUUCAGCUACUUCAACCACCAUCUUCUUCAAUGGCCGCUUCUUUACCGGAGAUUCGUCUGACGGGUCGUCCACAGAGUGCAUGAUCGUCGAGAACGACACCAUCGCCCAUGUAGGCAGCUCAACAGACGAAGCGGUCCAGCACGCCAAAGCGAACGGCGCCGUGUUGCAGGAUCUCCAGCAGAAGUACGUCCUUCCGGGCUUCAUCGACGGACACAUGCACCUCCUCCUGCUGGGUCAAUCGCUGCAGAAACUCGACCUCGGCGGCUGCAGGGACCUCGCCGAGAUUCGCGCCCGCAUCAAGGACUACGCAGGCCAGCAUCCCCAGGCGCCUCGGAUCCUGUGCAAGGGCUGGAUGCAGCACAUGACCGGUGGAGAAGCCCUCGCGACGAUGCUCGACGACCUCGACCCGCGGCCCAUCUUCAUCGAUUCCAAGGACCUCCUUUCGACGUGGUGCAACAGUGCCGCGCUUCGAGAGCUCGGCGUCGAGGACAUGGCUGACCCCGCCGGAGGGACGAUUCAUCGAGAUGCCAAUGGCAAAGCCUCGGGUCUCCUGAGCGAAGCAGCCGUCCUCUCCCUGGUCUGGCCGCAUAUCGCCCGCGUCGCGUCCAUGGAGGACAAGCUAGAUGCGCUUCGGGCAGCACUCGCCGCAUACACAGCCUCAGGAUACACGGGGAUCGUCGAAAUGGCCAUGGGCGAGAACGCGUGGGAGGCGUUGCUGCUCCUGCGAGAGCAGGAGGGGGGAAAGCUGCCCGUGCGAGUCGCGGCGCAUUGGCUGAUUGUGCCGUCACCGGACGAGGCGAGCAAUCUGGCGCAGGUGGACAAGGCGAUUGCGCUGCACAAGCAGUUCAAUCUGGACACGUCCCCGGAUUUCCGCAUCGCGGGCAUCAAGGUCAUCUGCGACGGGGUCAUUGACUCAUGCACUGCGGCUCUCCUGGAGCCGUACUCGAGCAACGGCGUCUCGUGCGAGCCGCUCUGGACGGCAGAGAUGCUGGCACCGGUCGUCCAUCGCGCGAAUCAGGCAGGUUUGCAAUGCGCCCUUCACGCGAUUGGCGACAAAACCGUCCGGACGGCUCUGGAUGUCCUUGAGAAGCACGGCACCCCUUCGCGGAGAAAUCGCAUCGAGCAUCUGGAGAUGACUACGCCGGAAGACGCGCAGAGACUGGGGAAGCUGGGAAUUACGGCCUCCGUGCAGCCAGUGCGCGCAGACCCGGCCAUCCUACGAGCAUGGCCCACGCUGCUAGGCGCCGAGCGCUGUCGUCGCGCUUUUGCAUACAAGGAAUUCCUCGACGGUGGCGCGACCCUGGCUCUGGGAUCUGAUUCCCCGUCCGCGCCAUGGGCACCGCUGCCCAACGUCUACAUCGCGACGACGAGACGGUCCGCCCGUGAGCCAGAGACAGUGACCAAGGUGAACGAGCAUUUCGCGCUGCCGCUGGUCAGCGCCAUGACGGCGGCGACCGCCGGCGCGGCCUAUUCGUGCUUUGCGGACGGUCUCACCGGGCGGUUGAAGAAAGGGCUAAGGGCGGAUUUCGUCGUCGUCGACAUGGAAUGGUCGCCGGACCGGUUGCUGCAGGCUCGAGUGCUACAGACCUGGUUUGACGGGAGGAGGGUUUUUGCUGCUGAAGAAAACUGA